AUGGCCCUCAGAGUGCCGGGCCUCGUGGCGCGACCGGAGCUGGCGCAGGCACCGGCCCAGGCGGCCCAGUCCCGUAUGGCGCGAGCCGCCCCCACUGCCCACACCGUGCUCGGACACGGGUCUUCCAGGUCUUCCUUCAGCCAGUUUGCCGCCGCAGCCAGCGCGGCUGCGAUGCGGGCCCGAUGUCGGCGAGGGGCGGCGUCGAAGGACAACAUUGCGGCAGCUACGUAUCCACAGACCUGGAGCAACCCCACGGGCUCAGUCCUGACGGCCCUCAACACAGACUUGUGGGUGGCCGAGCGGCCGUUCAUCUGGAAUUCCAUCGAUGUGGGUGGAAAGAUGGCCGUGGUGCGCUUGCCGGACGGGGGCCUGUGGGUGCACUCGCCGGUGGAUCUGGAUGAGGAGCUACGAAAGGGCUUGGAGCAGCUUGGCCCGGUUCGGCACAUCGUCUCCCCGAACUUCGAGCAUGUGAAGUGGGCCGCCCAGUGGAAAGGCGCGUUUCCAGACGCCACUCUUUGGGGAACUCCGGGCAUGAAGGACAAGUUCCCGAAGAUUCCUUUUGACGUCGAGCUACCCAGCGACUCCUCGGCCCCAGCUGAGUGGGGAGGUGCCCUUCUCAUGUGCUUUGCCGACUGCGAGCGGACGCCUUUGCUGGGCACGCCUUUCUUCAACGAAGUGAUCUUCUACCAUGUGCCGAGCGACACACUCAUGUGCACGGACAUCUUCUGGAAUUACCCGUCGGGACUUCCCUCCGGCUCUGCCCUUUGGAAGUUUCUGAUGGACAAGAUCUACUUGCCCUUCUACAAGCGCUUCAUGGUGACGAGCCCGGGCUCUCUGAAUGCCGUCUUGGACGCUGUGGCCGAGUGGAAGCCGGAGAAGCUGCUGCCUUGCCAUGGCAGGUACGUGCCGAGCGGUGCAUGGCAGCAGUUCCGGGGCCACCUUCGUAGCUCGUAG